AUGAGACACAGAACAUCGAGUUCACACUCCAGACAUAGCAAACAAGCAGCUAUAGAGAGAACAGGUGUAAACUGCUCCCCAACAAGCCAUAAUAAUGCCAGCAGGAUGUCGGCAAUUCCAAGAGACCAUUUAAGAGCAAGUCUCAAUCUUGCUCAGUGGCAGCAGCUAGACAUUGAACUGAUUCCCUUAGAGGCGAGACUACAGUUAGUAGAACGAGAGAAAGCCAGAAAACAACUUUUCCAGCGCAAGAACCAAGCUGCAGUACUUAUUCAGAGGGCCUGGAGAAAGCACAGAAGUAAAAAGAGGGGUAGCAUUGCAAGGACUGUUCACUCACCGCGUGUUCUCUGA